AUGAACCAAGCAAGCCAGUACGGAGCCGCCCCGAGACGAACUAAUACAUAUGGCUCUCAACAUGAAGAACUCCAUAUUUCUUCUUCCACUAUGAGCCAUAGCGGCCAAAUCUCUCCGCGGGACUAUACUACCGCUCCCGCUCCGCACAUCAAGCUCGAGCAGCCCGCAUCGCAACCCGUCAACCCCCAAUACCAAACUUCGGGUGUGCCCAACAUCCUUCAACCUGGAGGACUAGCCCCCGGUCGUCCCCCCGCUCUGAGUGCCAAUACCGCCCCUACCCUACCCACAAUGUCCGGUAUACAACAUUCUCCGAGCGAGUACGCUUCGCCGUCUAAACCUCCGACUCUGAGUUUAACAGCACACGGCUAUUCUCGCUCCAGUCCUUCCGCCCCUUACGAAAAUCCUUCUACUUCCUACUCUCCCUAUACCCCUACGACCCCGGGAGGAUCUAACCCCGGCCCAUCCCAGUACAUGUCGCCUCAAGAUCCUAAAUAUACCGCUCCGGGUUCUCAACGAAAUAUUUCCAACACGCCGCUCGGCCUAGCAGACAUACGGCCUCGAGCCGACUCGAGUCUAUCCGACGGCCCGCCCGGUACCUUAGCCUACGAGCUCGCCAAUGUCCAUCCAUCGACUAGCAAUUACUUGGCUCCUUGGGCGCUCUACGCUUUUGACUGGUGCAAAUGGACUCCCCAAGGCAGGGGAGCUGGCAAGGUCGCCAUUGGAAGCUACCUAGAAGAUGGCCAUAACUUUAUCCAAAUACUCGACACACAGAUUAUUAAUACCCCUUCCGAUAUAUAUACCCCCGGCUCGUCCAAGUAUAGCAUGGAGUUUACCAAGGUCGCGGAGGCAACGCAUUCAUACCCCGUAACUCGCCUCCUAUGGGAACCUCCAUCUUCCCAGAAGCAGUCUACAGAUCUACUAGCUACUUCUGGCGAUCAUCUUCGACUAUGGUCGCUGCCAUCCGACUCCCAACCCUCUCAUUCCAAUAAUAUAACUAAGCCGAACCUGGGUACACCCAUAACGAAGCUUACGCCGUUAGCACUAUUGUCUAAUUCCAAGACACCGGAUCACACAGCACCUCUCACGUCGCUGGAUUGGAAUACCGUCUCGCCCAGUCUCAUUAUCACCUCCAGCAUAGACACGACUUGCACAAUUUGGGAUAUUCCGUCCCUAACAGCCAAGACGCAACUUAUUGCUCACGAUAAGGAAGUCUACGAUGUUCGAUUUUGUGCUAAUAGUGUGGACGUGUUCGUCAGCUGUGGGCAAGAUGGAAGUGUGCGAAUGUUCGACCUUCGCAGUUUGGAACAUAGUACUAUUAUCUAUGAACCAACCGCCAAGGAUGAUCGAGACGUGAAUGGUGGGAGGAUAAGCCCGACGCUAGCCCAGCAAACCAUGUCCCAUGCACCACCCUUACUGAGGCUGGCAACCUCACCACAUGAUACGUAUCUUUUAGCCACAUUUGCUCAAGAUUCCAACGUCAUUCGCAUCCUCGAUGUACGACAGCCAGGCCAGGCAUUGCUAGAACUACGCGGUCAUGGCGGGUCCGUGAGUUCGGUCGAAUGGUCUCCCAGCAGGAGAGGUUUGCUUGCCUCAGGUGGCGAUGAUUGUCAAGUACUACUGUGGGACCUUAUUAACAGUACCCCCACCCCCGGCUCGUCCUCCAAUGGCGCUGGGUCGGCAGAGAAGCAUCUGAAUCCAGUUGCCAGCUGGCAGUGUGACUACGAAGUUGGUAAUCUUGGCUGGGCUCCUCCUCUCCAUACUGGCGAGGGUGUUGGCGACUGGCUUGGCGUCAGCGGUGGACGAGGAGUCUGGGGCGUCAAGAUCUGA